AUGGCUUUAGGAAGGAAUGCACGCAUCGAUCGGCAACUACUACAAUGCCUUGAUAAUCGUGUCAAACGUCGUCAACUGAAGCCAAAGACCAAAUGCCCACCUGGAUACUACCAAAGCCUCAAAGAUAAGCAUUAUGACCCAAAGACUGUUAUUAAAAAUAAAUAUGCUCCUGCCACUGUAGACAAUCUUGGGGGUAUUAGAAGCAAAUUCAAAAGGUUCUGUCAUAAUCAGCAUUUGGGGGACUGGCGUUCUGUGAUUCGGGACUGCUCUAGAGGGACUACGAUAUCAUUCAUCCAGCAUAUGUACAAUGAAGACCGGGUGAAGAAGAGGGGUUCGAUGUCACAAUACACAGCACAGUUUGGUAUGCUAUACAACAAAGAGAAUGGCCGUCUCAUGGACAGUAAUAAUAGAAAGGAGGUCCUUAAGUUCAUAGACACGCUCAGGCUAGACAGAACAGUGAAAUCGAAGCCCGUCUUAGGGCUGGACGACUUCCUGCUUUUACUCAACUGCCACUGGGCCCAUGACAAAUCUGUAUACCCUACAGAGCAACAUCGGGUUCACUCCGAUGAUGAUGAUCUUGAAAGUGACGUUGAUAUGGGCGGGGUGGAAGGGGACACUAGACUCUUCGAUGCGCUCUGCUAUGAGGAUGUCUGCCUACUGGUCGUACACAGUCCCGACAAUAGCGAGCGUGAUGUGCUCACCAUGGAGGUCAAAUUGUCUCAUCACAAAGGACACAAUAAACGCCCCAAAAAAACGAUAUUCUUCUUUACUGAAGUCGACGACCCGAUUUUCUGUGCCAUCACGCUGUAA